AACAGUAUUACAAUGAAAUUGAUGAAUAUUUGCGUCGUAAGAAACGUUAGGGUAGCAGUUUACGUCUUCCUGGGUGCAGUCCCCAAAAGUCGGAGUAUGUCUUACGUUUACCUAGAGCCUUAUGUAGGAUUUUCGAAAGUCUCAGAGCGACGCAUGUGCACGUAUAAGAGAGACGUUUGUUUUUACAUUACUACUCCAAUCUUCUACGUGAAUGCCGCUCCCCACAUCGGACACUUGUAUUCUGCUGUGACAGCAGAUUACCUGCACAGAUACAAACGUAUGCGAGGGUGCAAAUCGAAGUUCUCGACGGGUACCGAUGAGCACGGUCUAAAAAUCCAGCAAGCAGCAGACGUUGCUGGGAAGGAACCGCGGAGAUUCUGCACAGAAGUGUCCGACACGUUCAGGCAUCUGUUUCAAAGGUGCAAUGUCUCUUACACGGACUACAUCAGGACCACCGAGAACCGACAUCGCCGCGCCGUGGAGCAUUUCUGGAAGGUGCUUCAGAACAAUGGCUUCAUCUACAAAGGCUGCUACGAAGGCUGGUACUCCACACAGGAUGAGAGCUUUCUCACGCCGUCACAGGUGGGCGACAGCACUGACAGUGCAGGGACAGCCAUCAAGAUAUCACUGGAGAGCGGUCAUAAGGUUGAGUGGAUGAAGGAGGACAAUUACAUGUUCUGUCUGUCUGCAUUCCGGUCUCCUCUGCAGCAAUGGCUGAAGGACAACCCCAAAGCGGUGCAGCCAGAGCGCUUCUACCGGGCAGUUCUGCAGUGGCUGCAGGAUGACCUUCCGGACCUCUCCGUGUCCCGUCAGAGGAGCCGUCUCCAGUGGGGCAUCCCUGUGCCAGGGGACCCAGACCACACCAUCUACGUGUGGCUGGAUGCUCUGGUCAACUACUUAACAGUGGCUGGAUACCCGGAGGGCCACUCUGAGUGGUGGGGUUCCGCUCAUCACUUGGUGGGCAAGGACAUACUUAAGUUCCACGCCAUCUAUUGGCCUGCGUUCCUCCUAGCAGCCGGGAUGCCCCUCCCACAGACCAUAUACGUGCACUCCCAUUGGACGGUCGACGGGCAGAAGAUGUCAAAGAGCCUGGGGAACGUGGUGGACCCUGCAGAGAGGUCAGAGAGAUUCACAGUAGACGGAAUUCGGUAUUUCCUCCUUCGGCAGGGGGUCCCCGACUCAGACUGUGACUAUUAUGACGAUAAGGUGGUCAAGCUGCUCAACAGUGAACUGGCUGACUCUCUGGGCGGGCUUCUGAAUCGCUGCACAGCCCCGUCCCUCAACCAUGCCCAAGUAUAUCCUCACUUCUGCAAGAAGUGCUUCCCCCGAGAGCCAGCAGGGGGCGACACAGACACAAGAGCCACACGGGAGGACUAUAAGAUGCUGGAGGAUGUGUCCAGGCUGCCGGGGGUGGUGGAGCAGCACUUUGAGAGCCUGCAGGCUUACAAGGCCCUGGAAGCCAUCGCAGGGUGUGUACGGCAAACUAAUGGAUUCAUCCAAAGACAUGCUCCAUGGAAGCUGGACCUCAGGGACCCCCAGAAUCAGCUCUGGCUUGACACCAUCUUGCACGUCUGUCUGGAGUGCCUGCGGCUCUACGGCACCCUCUUGCAGCCUGUGGUUCCUGCGACCGCCGACAAGCUCCUCUCCAGGCUGGGGGUGGGGCCUGAUGAGAGAGGCUGGGAGACGCUUCACUUCCUCAACCGUUACCAUGGGAAGAACUGCCCCUUCGAGGGCCGAAAAUUAGGUCCAGACACAGGGGUGCUGUUCAGCAGGCUAGAUAGGCCUGAUGCCAACCAAAGCAAACCCAAGAAAACUAAGAAAGACAAGUCUGUUAAACAAGAACAAUAA